AGAUAGCGCACGCCAUGGCUCGGCAAAGUCAAAGUCAAAAGAAGUCGGGAUACUCAAUCUCUUCUCCUUUUUCACCACCCGAUCCACGACACCCAUGUCCUCGCCAGUGAUCUACACGUCCGAGCAUGCCGUGCCGGCGCUCCCGCGCCUCGGGCUGUUCCAGUACCUCUUCCCCGCCGAGCCCGUCUUCGACAGCUCGCUCCCGGCAUUCAUCGACGGCAUCGACGGGCGCGAGAUUUCGCGCGCCGAGCUCGAAGACGAGGCGCUGCGUCUCGCCUCGGGCCUGCGCGCGCUGGGCAUGCAGCGCGGCGACACGGCGUGCAUCUGGGGCCUGAACUCGCUCGAGUGGGUGCGCGCGGCAUACGGCUGCCUCGCGGCCGGCAUCGCGGUCACGCCCGCCAACUUUGCGUACGAGCCCACCGAGCUCGCGCACCAGCUGAACAAUUCGGGCGCAAAGUUCAUUUUUGUCGCGCCCGACCUCGUGGACAAGUUCAACCGCACACGGCCGCUGCUGGAGCGCGCGUUCCCCGACACGCACGUUGUGCUCCUCUCCACGCUGGAGAACAAGCCGUUCCCCACGCGCUACCGGGCCGUGGCGGAGCUUUUCGGGGCGCGCGGCAAGGCCGAGAAGUUCGCCGGCGCGCAGACGGACGCCACGACGUGGAUGUGUUACUCGUCCGGCACGACGGGCUUGCCCAAGGGCGUCGAGACGACGCACUGGAAUCUCACGAGCCAGCUGCAGGCGUGCGCGGUCGCGUGCGAGCCCCUCGGGCCCGGCGACAAGAUGAUCGCAUACCUCCCCCUGAGCCAUAUCUACGGCACGACGAACGCGCUCUUCCAGCCGCUGUCGGUUGGCGCGGCGGCCGUCAUCCUCCCGCGCUUCGAGGAGACGAACGCGCUGCGCGCGAUCGAGAAGUAUCGCGUCAAGCACGGGCUCAUCGUCCCCCCCAUCGUGAUUACGCUGUACAACUCGCCAAAUCUCGACAAAUACGACCUCUCGUGCUUGCGCAGUGUGUGCUCGGCCGCGGCGCCGCUGGGCCCCGACCUCAUCGCGGCGUUUGAGAAGCGCCUCCCCUCCGUACGCGUGACGCAAUGCUACGGGCUCUCCGAGACGUCGCCGCUAAUCACGGCGCUGACGCGCGCCGAAGUCGACGCCGCGCCGCCGGGCUCGAUCGGCCGCCUCCUCCCGACGUUUGAAGCACGCAUCGUCGACGCGGACGGGCACGACGUGCCCCCCGGCGAGCGCGGCGAGCUUUGGGUCCGCUCGCCGUCCGUCAUGAAGGGCUACCACCGCAACGCCGCCGCGACGGCGGCGACCAUGGCCGGCGACUACUUCAAGACGGGCGACGUCGUCGUGCGCUCCCCCGACGGAUACUUCCGCGUCGUGGACCGCGUCAAAGAGCUCAUCAAGUAUAAGGGCUUCCAAGUGCCGCCGGCCGAACUCGAGGCGCUGCUGCUUACGCACCCGCGCAUCGCGGACGCCGCGGUCGUCGGCGUGUACGACGCGUCGCAGGCGACCGAGCUGCCUACCGCGUACGUGACUGUGCGCGAGGCGGUCGACGCCGCCGCGUUCGACCAGGAGAUCCAGGAGUGGGUGGCCGCGCGCGUCGCGCGCCACAAGCGUCUUGGAGGAGGCGUGUUUGUCAUCGACCAGAUUCCUAAGAGCGCAGCAGGCAAGCUUCUCCGCAGGCAGCUGCGCGAUCGCGCCCAGGCCGAUCGCGACGCGCGCAAGGGUACAGGGCUCAAGGCGAAGCUUUAGGGGAUGGCGUGUGUAUGGUGCGCUCGCGUGUUGCACACGCCAGCGCAUCACAAGGGCGGCUCGGUUCUGGAGCUGUGUGUGUGGGGAAUUACAAGAUGUGGAGCAUGGUUCGGUCAGUACAAUGUUGUUUGGGUGCAUCAA